AAAAAAUAAAAAAGAAACAGUUAUUUGAGGACUCUGGCAUGGCUGCUCCGGCUAUGGAAGGCCUCGCCGUCACAGCUCUCCGGUCCGCUAUGCUCCGUGUCCGUCAAGCGGCAGAGAGGUCCGGUCGCCGGUCCGAUCAGGUCCGCGUUGUGGCUGUCUCAAAAACCAAACCAGUCUCUCUCAUCCGGCAAGUCUACGACGCCGGUCACCGUUGUUUUGGCGAAAACUACGUUCAAGAGAUAAACGAAAAAGCACCACAGCUUCCAGAGGACAUUGAAUGGCAUUUUAUUGGGCAUUUGCAGAGCAAUAAAGUGAAACCGCUUCUGGCUGCAGUCCCCAAUCUUGCCAUGGUUGAAGGUGUAGAUAAUGAGAAGAUUGCAAAUCAACUUGAUCGUGUGGUUUCAGGCAUCAGAAGGAAGCCUUUGAAGGUUUUGGUUCAAGUGAAUACUAGUGGAGAAGUAUAUUUGAUUUUAAUCAGUUCAUUGAUUAAUGUGAUGUUUAUGGCAGCAAAAUCUGGAGUUGAGCCAUCAGGUUGUGUGGAGCUAGCUAAACAUGUUAAGCUAGGCUGCCCCAAUCUCGAGUUUUCUGGUUUAAUGACAAUAGGGAUGCCAGACUAUUCAUCAACUCCAGAGAACUUCAGGAGACUAUUGAACUGUAGAAUUGAGGUUUGUAAAGCUCUUGGAAUGGCAGAGGAGCAGUGCGAGCUGUCAAUGGGCAUGUCUGGUGACUUUGAGCAAGCGAUUGAAAUGGGCAGCACCAAUGUGAGAAUUGGAUCAACCAUAUUUGGACCAAGGGAGUAUCCUAAGAAAGAACAGAAUUAGCAGCCUCCCAGUUUCACACUUAUGUUCAUGUAAUCUUUAAACUCCAAUGCUCCAGGCAAGAGUCCAUUCUCUUGUGCAAUAAUAUUUGAUGUUGAUAUCAUUCAUUCAUCUCAUAUUAUUUCAUCUGCA